AUGAAAGUCAUUCCGUUAUCACAUGUACUGCACACAUACUACAUGAUACAUGAGGUGACUAGUCGUAUUCUAGCCGAAGCCGAGAAGAAAAGUGGACGCCCGUGCUCCAUCGCUGCCGUCAUCGACCUGAAAGGCUUACGAUUUAGUGACUUUCUGAAUCCUCUUUCAACAUGCUCACAAUUGGCCCAUCACGUGACUAAAAUCUGGUCUGAGUAUUUUCGUGACAAUAUACUGCAAAAUGGUCCUCAUCAAUCCACCUGCAGUGUUAUCUUUCGUAGUCAAGGGAACCGAUUCUUAUAUCCCUCACGUGUUGCGCUUCAGAUGACGAGUUUAAUCCUGGAUACGAAGACAUUCAGUCAUAUGAUGUUCCUCGAUGAUGUCUCCGAUCUGCAGAAAUAUUUGGAACCCCAUGUGAGUAAUGAGCUUCAUGUUCUUCCUACAUGA